CAUGUCAAAGACUCACAUGUUACCGCCCCACAUGCCACGGCCUCACAUGUCACAGAGUCACAUGCCACAGACUCACAUGUCAUGGACACACAUUUCAUUACCUCACAUGCCACAGACUCACAUGCCACGGCCUCAUAUGCCACAGAGUCACAUGCCACUGACUCACAUUUCACAGCCUCACAUGCCACAGACUCACAUGUUACCGCCCAACAUGCCACAGACUCAGUAACCAGCAGAGCUUCGACAGAUGUGGUCAAUGUCACGAAACCUCGGACCCGGAGGUCGGUUACAGGUUUAGAUUCUGUUUCAACUUCAGUCACAGGACUGUCAUCUGCUAAUGGUCUGACUGAGGUCGCCACGGAGACGACCACGGACACGUCAGAAAGAAAUGUCCCCAAGCUCAGGACUGACCCGUACACGUCCUCAGCCUUCACAGGUUUUACCUUCAGCUAUGAUGACGCGACUGAAGCUCCAUCAAAACAACAAACAUCUCCAUCAACCAUGGAGAUGCAUCCUCCAGCCACGCCCACCACCUCCCAGACUGCACCUGGAGGUACCUUGAUGCUACAGACAGAGAGCUCAGCGAUCUCCAUCUCCCCACCCAUGUCGGCUCUGCCCACAUCUCCAACAACUGCGAGUAACACGACCUCAGACCCAACGGUCCCACGCACAAGUCCAACAAACACACCCAUAGCCACCGCCACAUCCGUCACCAGGGAAACCUUAAUGACGACCAUCCAAACCAUGCCUGUCUCCACAGAAACUAUCCAAACCACAUCCACCAUCACUAGAGCCGCUGCAACAACGACAACAAGUGUUCGUCCAAUGACGCCAGAGCUCAGCUCAGCUCCACCUAUGGUUUCUCGCUGCUCAGUGAACGUGAGCGAGGUAAGCUCUGGUUCUCACUGGGUGGAGCUGGCGCUGACCACCAGGGGUGUGACCUGUAACUUUAGCGUGGUUAACAGGGAGGAGUCCAGCAACUGUGAUGCCUUCAGAGAAAACGACUUCCUCUGUCGGGUGGAAGGUCUGAAACCUGGAACUUUGUACGAGUUAACGGUGAUUUCAAGGACGGACGGAGAGAAGAGCAACACGUCAGUACGCACAGACCCGGUUGGUCCGGCUCGUUUGGAGGUCCAGCUAAACCCGGUCUACUCUGGUUCUUUGGAUCUGACGGUGUUGUGGUCUCGCUCAGCCGGUCAUGUGGACUGGUACGAUGUAAGUCUGGAGGACAGCAGCUCUGGAUCCAGGACCAGGACCAGAAUCAUGGACUCUGCAGUCCCUCGCUCUGGGUUCAACUCGCUGCUUCCUGGUUCUCUGUACACGGUCAGCAUUGUGGCAACAUCCGGUAACAAGAGCGCUGCACCCGUCGUUACCACGGCAAUUACAG